AUGGUGGAACUUGUUGAUAUUGCUAUGAUAUACGCUGAGCGAUUCAUAUGGAUUGGCGAAGUUGGAUAUUCGAUGGAAUUGAGAGAUGGAGAAACUUUGUGUGAAAACUCCACAGUUCUCCGGAAAAUGAUGCAAUGUGUUCUGGAGUAUUUUGAUCGGGAAAAGAUGGAGACAGAGGCACGUAUUUUCUCAUUUGUUUUCAAUGAAGAAAUUGGCGGACAAGUGAAACAAUCGAAAUGUUUUCUUGUCAACGAAAAAUACGUUCUAAGAUACGUUUGUAUUAAUAACAAAAUAGUUAAAGGUGAUUAUUUUUCUCCCUCUGUUUCCAAAAAAAAAACUAAACAUUUCUCAGACAAACUGAUGGAAAACAAAUUCGAACCUGGUUUGACACUCUGGAACAUUGAAGAUGCUCGAAGUUAUUUGCUCGAAAAAUUUGGAAGUUAUCGGAAAAGCUUUCACUCGGAAAUGCUCAAAUAUUUCUCGUCUCGAAAAGACAUUGAAAAUAUGAAAUUUUUGUGCGAUUUGGCGCAAAAUACAGUGAAAAUUGCACACGAAGCCACAGAAACUCCAUAUAUUUUCGAGAAAAAUAAUAAUGCGGAAGAAGAGGAGGAGAGGAAGAGAAGACGAAUAUAUUUGAGGAUUUUGUGCGAAUCGAAAAAAGAAGAUCGGAAAGAAUGGCAUUUUUUCAAUGAAGAUGUUAUAAAUGCACUUGAAUAUGUAUUAUCAGAUGAUGAAAAUGAUAAAAGACACGAAAAAUUGGAGAAAUGGCGGAAAAAUGGAUCGACAAUAACUGUAAAAUGUUUCGAAACAAUGCUAGAUUUAUUAAAUAUCCCCAAAUCUAGAUUCAAGAUUGUUCAAGAUAUUGAAUUCACUAAAAAUCUAUCAGAACUACCCUUAGCUAUGGGAUAUUGUGCAAUGAAAGUUAUAUCACCUAAUGGAAAACCAGUUUAUCAUCAAAUCCAGGCUCAAUUUCUACUCUUUCAGUUUGCUGUUUGUGAUAUUUAUUGGCCAAAAAGUCAUAGAAAAAGUGAAGAACAUGAAAACCACAAAACAAAAAUCAUUGAAGAAAUGCGAAAUAUCAAAAAAGGAUAUCAUUUAGCAAGUGAGAUCGAUGAGAUAAUUGAAAAAUUUAAAUAUUCAAAAUUGGCGGUCAAAACGGGUUUAGCCUCAAUUCACGGAGCUGUUCAAUAUAGCACGGAAAUCCCGAAAAAAGCAGUGGAAAUAUUUCUAAAAUCAAUUGGAAUGCCGAAAAGUAAAGAGAUCCGAUUUUUCAAACCAAUGAAUUUUGCAGUGUUUUUGAAGUACACUUUAAUGAUGAUGAAUAUUCAAAGAUUUUUUGAUAGGCAAGAAGAUUUGGAUUUGAAGAAAAAUAUAAUGAAAGCUUGGAGUUUGGGGUUGGCAACUAUUGAUGAUUUGGAAUAUUGGAUGGAAAACCCAUUUUCGAUGGAAUUCUAUGAUAUUGAAAAAAUUGAUAAAUGUUGUGGGCAAAUGAUGAAAAAUCGAUUUGGUGAUGUGCAUUCAUAUCAUAAUGGUUAGUUAGUCAAAGAAAAUCUGGAAUUAGAUUCCAACAAUUUCCAGAUCUCUGCAAAGAACACUACUUCUUCGAAUUCGGCGAUCCGUGUGGAAAACGAAUGCAAAGUAAAGAAAUGCGACGGGAUCGUUCAGCGGAUCAUAUGAGUAGAGUUAUGACCACAUUUCGCAAAAAUUUACCGUAAGUCCAACAAUUUCCAGCGUUUUUCCUUGAAAAUGUCUUUUUUUGCAGAAAGAUUAUUGCUAGCAUGUGUGAAGACGAUGAUUUCCAGCCAGUUGACAAGUUUUUGAAAAGAUUUAUCCACUUUUUUGGGGGAUAUGGUGAAGGUUGUCCCGGAAGACAAUAUCUUGAUGUAUGGAUUUUUUUGAAUAUGAGAACAAAGGUUUUGAAAACACAAAAUUUCAGGCGGUUUCAAGAAUUCGACCAGUUUUGAGAGAAGAAACCAAGGAUUUUCUCGAUUUCGCCAAUAUUGAUGGAAAUUGGUAUUGCAAGAAGAAAAAGAGUGAGAAAAACGAGGAAAAUAAACAUAAAUCAUCCAAAAAAUCGAGAACGGAGAAAUUGAAAGUCGUAAUUGAGACAAAAAUCGUGGAAACUUGCCAGAAAUGCAGCGAAAUUGAGAAGGAGAAUAUGGGAUUUGCGAGAAAAAUCGAGGAACUUGAGAGAACUCGAACAUCAAUGAAAAAGACGAUUGAUGAAAAAGAGGGAGAUUUGCAGAUUUUAAAUCUUCAAAUCAAACAAAAUAAAUUGAAUUAUGAAGAAGCUGUGGAAAAUCAUCAAAAAUAUGUGGAAAAUCGAGAAAUGAAAAUAUUGCAAUAUGAAUAUGAAAUUGAACAAUAUUUGGAUGAUUGGAAAAAUGAAAAAAUGAAAUUAUUGGAUGAAAAUCGAAAAAGUAGAAGAAAUGAGAAUGAAAAAAUUGAAAAAAUGAAAAAACGAUUGGAAAAUGCAAAAUUUUCGGAUCGAAAUAUGAAUCGAAUUAUUGAAGAAUUGCAAAAAGAAAAUAAUCAAUUAAAAGUGAGAAUUGAAAUUGCUAGAGAAAAUUUGUAA